GUAGGACCUUCAUAAUCCCUCUUUUCCUUGUUAUAAAGAAGUCUCAUAUUUGUUAAGUUUUAAAGAAUGAAUGAACAUGAAGUAAUAUUGUGAAUCGGUAUGAGUUUGUUAACAAUGGCAGACAAGAAGGAGAAAGUGUAUUUCGGUGGAAUUGAGGGAGGUGGGACGAGUUCUAUUGCCGUUAUCUUUGACUCGAAUGGCAAGAUCGUGGGAAGAAGCGAAGGCGAGGGGACCAACCACUGGUUAGUUGGCAUGGAUAUAUGCUUGAAGAGAAUUAACAGUAUGGUCAUGGCCGCUAAAGAAAAUGCAGGCAUAGAUGUGAUGACUCCCUUGACAUCUUUGGGACUGUCUCUGAGUGGCAUGGAAAAGGCAAACAAGCAGAAAGAAGCCAUUGAACUAAUGCAAAGAGAUUACCCAUGCUGUUCUAAGAACUAUCACAUGUGCGUGGACACCCUGGGAGCAGUAUAUACAGCAUCAGAUUGCGGAGGGAUGGUUCUUAUUGCUGGAACUGGCUCAAACUGUUCAAUUUUAAACCCUGAUGGAUUUACUCAUAAUGUGGGGGGCUGGGGUCACAUGCUAGGAGAUGAGGGGAGCGCUUAUUGGAUUUCCCAUAAAGCCGUCAAGACAGUGUUUGAUGCCGAGGACAAUCUAGUUGCCCCACCACACGAUAUAGAUUAUGUAAAAAAUGCAAUGAAAAGUUUCUUCAAGAUUGAAAAUCAAUAUGGCAUGCUAGAACACGCUUAUUUGAAUUUUGAUAAAAGCAAGUUUGCUGGGUUUUGCACUGUUGUUGCAGAAGGUGCCUGUGAGGCGAAGGAUCCUUUAUGCAUUCAUAUCUUCCAACUGGCAGGAAUUGACCUAGGACACCACGUCCGUGCACAAAUCCCGUUAAUUGACCCGGUUCUGCUUGAAAGACCCGGUGGGCUUCGUGUUAUUUGUGUGGGGUCAGUUUGGAAAAGCUGGGAUCUUCUCAAGGAAGGGUUUCUGGAGGGCCUAAAAGGCGCAGAUGGGAAGCCUGUGUUGAAGGAAAUAACGCUUUUGCGCUUGCGCGAGACAUGUGCAGUAGGAGCAGCAGUUCUUGGUGCCAAAGUUUCGGACCACGUGCUACCUGUGGACUAUGACGCUAUGGUCGAGACUCUGUUUACGUCGACCCUUUGACCCUUCUCGGGUCUGAUUGGAUAAUUUUGUGAAUGUAAUUUGUAAAAAAUUAUAGUUGAGAAAAUUAUAUGAAUAGUUUUAUUAGGUGAAUAAAUUUAUACUCAAAUCAAA